CACCACCAUUAGCAGUCUAUACAACCGUCUUCUGACUAUUGAAAUCGUUAGUGAAAUGGAAUAACACACGCUUUGGUCUGUUUUCUCCCAGUAUCCGUCAUAACAGAGUCAUUAUUGUCCAUACCACCAUUGUGGAAGAAUUUUCUGCUUCCCACUAUCAAGUUCACCGACUAUUCGCACCAACACAGCAAAACAACGCUCUACAGAAACCCUAGAUUCAAAGCAAUGGACUAUCGAACAAGAUUAAAAACCUUUCAGUUUGUCAAAGAAUUCUUUCAAAACCCUUGUUGUGGCUAGCGGUGUGCGCUCCCACGGCGGGUAGAGAAGCACCAGUGGAACGUGCUUCUCAACCUCAGGUUUUUCGCCAUUAUUAAAGAAGUCAUCUAUUUCGCAUCCUCCAAAAUUAUACUGCUGCAGCAGAAUCUCUUACUCCUGCCUUUUGUUAUCUCAGAAAGACUCUGUCGAGAUGAUUGUUCGACUUAGACGGACGUGGUCUCGACCACUCGGUCGUUGUAUCAUGGCAGUGUUACCGCCGUUCAAUUUCCUCACCGUCCAUUACGCAUAUUUCAUUGCCACACCGCUGAUUUGCAGUAUCAUCUUCUGGGGUUCCGCGACUCCCUCACGAAGCGUUCAUUAUGUAGAUGCGCUUUUCUUAUGCGUCAGUGCCAUGACUGGUGCUGGAUUGAACACGGUGGACCUCUCAUCCCUAAACACGUUCCAACAGUCCAUUAUUUUUGCGCUACUGAUCCUCGGACAUGCCAUUCUGAUCUCAAUCACGGUCCUAUUUGUGCGCAAGCGAGCGUUCCAGCUCAAAUUCAAGUCCAUUUCAGAAAGUUCUGUCGCAAGAAAUCUUUUUGGGCAGUCCACUCUUGGUUUCCUGAAGCCUGCCGGGAAGACCAAAACAGACGCUUCGCAGCCUGAAGAACCCCAUAGUCCUGAGGGCUCUCAGGUGUCCGCCAUGGAAAAUGCCCCGUUAGAAUAUUCCAAUGCGGUUGACAAUGACCAUAUCCGAUGGGGCGACGACGACCAAAUCACUAUUGGCUAUAUUCAGCCACGCCAUCAUCAUCAUCACCACAGAGUCUUCCCCAUGGCAGGAGUGGGCGCUCGACUCGAUUUGAAUAACCACCCGAGAGAUGUAGCUCCCACCGUACCUUUGGACGGAGAGCCAGACGAUAUCCCACGGUUGAAGGGGAUUCUAAGAGAUACGCAGAAAUACUUCGCCUCAAAAGGCUUCAUUUCACGGAAUUCCCAGUUUCAUGGUCUUACGCUUGAGGAACGUGAGAAACUGGGCGGUGUCGAGUACAAGGCAGUUUCCUUCUUGUCGGUCAUCGUUCUGCUAUACUGGGCGACGUUCCUAAUCAUCGGCAUUGUGGGGGUCGGUUGCUGGCUGGAAGUAAACCAUCCAGAGAUUCCUCGGGCAAAUGGCCUGUCGCCCUUCUGGACUGGCGCUUUCUUUGCUGUUUCUGCGUUUGUCAACAGUGGAAUGUCCCUUUUGGAUGCGAACAUGACCGCUCUGCAAACAAAUGCGUACCCACUUGUUACAAUGGGCAUGUUGAUUCUUGCAGGGAAUACUCUCUACCCCUGCUUUUUACGAUUUAUCAUCUGGACAAUGAGACGCUUGAUGGCGAAUCGGCCAUCAUGUGAGCCCUGGAAGGUCACUUUGGAUUUUAUCCUCGACCAUCCCAGAAGGGUUUACACUAAUCUCUUCCCUGUCCGUCAUACAUGGUACCUGCUAGGGACCAUCAUCAUUUUGAAUGGAAUCGACUGGGCCGGUUUCGAGGUUCUGGCGAUUGGAAAUAAAGAAAUAGAGACACUGCCGGCAGGCUAUCGCAUCUUAGAUGGGCUGUUCCAGGCUUUGGCUGUGCGCUCUGGAGGGUUCUAUGUUGUAACUAUCUCUGAAUUGCGUCAGGGACUACUUGUGUUAUACGUUCUCAUGAUGUACGUCUCGGCGUUCCCAGUAUUGGUGACCAUGAGAAACACCAAUGUCUACGAAGAGCGCUCCCUAGGCAUUUACGCCUCGGACGAACCGCGCGACGCACAUGACAACCAAUCCCCCAAUAUUGUCAUGAGCCUAAUCCGACAUCACCUCCUCGGGCGCCAGGAUGCCUCAACGGUUGAGUCCUCGCGCAGCUACUUCGUCCACCAACAGCUCCGCUCCCAACUCAGCCAUGACGUCUGGUGGAUCGCCCUCGCAGUCUUCUUCAUUACCAUCGCCGAGUCGCCUCACUAUUCCGAGAACCCAGUCGCCUACUCGACCUUUAACAUCAUCUUCGAGGUUGUCUCCGCGUAUGGCUGCGUCGGCAUCAGCGUUGGCUUUCCAGGCAAAAAUUACUCGUUCUGCGGGUCGUGGCAUGCCAUCAGCAAGCUGAUUCUGGCGGCUGUUACACUGCGGGGACGGCACAGAGGUCUUCCUGUUGCGAUUGAUCAGGCAGUAAUGCCGCCGAGUGAAUCGCUCGCUUGGGCAGAAGAGGAAGACGCUGUUCUAAGGCGUGAGCAGACACGUACGUACGGAAGUGACAAGAUGCCUGUGGGAACGGUUUAG